GCCGGUGUUGUUCUCGUCGAGGCUGGGCAUGCCGGCUCCCGCUGCGCCCAAGCCCCCCCCGCCGGCCCCCCGCCCGGCUGCCGCCGUACUGGACCCACAUGAGGCCUGGUUCGCAAAACACAUAGGGACCAGCGCAGCAGUAGCAGCAGCAGCAGCGGCUUCCUCCGGGGCGUCAGGAGCAGCUGGGUCCGGGGCGGGGGGCGCGCCGGGCACGGCGACAGGCAGCAGCGGAGGCGGAAGCGGCGCAGCGCGACCGUCACAGCAGCAGCGUAAGAGCGGUAGUGGAAGUGGAGGAGCAGGAGGAGGAGGACUGGGUGUUGUUUCCACUCACCGCGGCAACGACAGGGAAGGUGGCGGUGCGGGUGGGGCUGGUGAAAUGCAUGCUGCCACUGAUGAGGAGGCACCGGCUAGCGGCUCCGCUCAGCAGCAGCAGCAGGAGGGAGAGGAGAAGGAAAAGGAUGCGCCGGCGGCGGCAGCGGACUCCAAGGCCCCUCCUCCUCCUUCUCCGCAUGCUACUGCUACUGCUGCAGGACAGCGGGCUGCGCCUGCGGCUGUUGCUCCCCCUCCCGCGCAGCCAGAUGAGGAGGCCUCUGGCGGCAGCUCUGCGGCAGCUGCAGCUGCUACGGCGGCAGCUGCAGCUGCUACGGCAGCAGCAGCGAUGGCGGGCGUUGGCGUGACGGAGGGUGGCGAGGGCGGCGGCGGUGGCAGCGGCGGCAUGACUCCCUCCGCGGGCCCCGCCGCCGUCAGCAAAUGGUGGCAGGACCCCAACACGGCGUUUGGGGAGCUAGGGCUGGUGGACCCGCAGGCCCUGGGCAAUGUCCCCUUGGAAGAGGAGGAGGAGGAGGAAGAGGAGGAGGGCGGAGCCGAGGCGGGUCAGCAGCUGAUGCUGCAGAGCGGCCCGGCAGGCGGCGCCACCCCCGCCGGCCUCAACCCCACCGCAGCAGCAGCCGGCGGCGGCAGCGGACCCAUGCCCCUGCCUCCCCUCAAGAAACGCGGCAAAUACCUAAACAACAAUAACAAUAACAACAUCACCGCCGCAGGAGCAGCCGUGCCGGGGCCGGGCAACCCAGCAGCAGCAGCCGCAGCCGCAGCGGCGGCGGCGGCGGCCCUGGCGGCGGCCAACCCCAAUGCCGCCGCGGCGAUGGCGGCGGCAGCGGCAGCACUGGUGGCUUCGGGUGCCGGUUUCGGUGGCGGAGGUCCGGGCGGAGGGGUUGCUGGGUUGCUGCUGGGACCUGGCGGCGGACCGGGAGGGUUUGGAGGGAUUGGAGGUCCUGGCCUGCCGCUGGGAGUGCCGCCCGAGGUGUUGCUGGCUGCAACUCGCAUGCUGCAACCCUCGGCUUUCAGGCCGGUGGCUCCCCGGGAGCAGCACAGCAAUCGCGGCAGCAACCGCCUCACACUCACCACCCACACAGCAACUGAAUCCAUGGCCAGCGGUUUCUCAGCGGGCGGAGGCGGAGGCGCCCAACGCGGACGUAACGGCGGCGCCUUUGGCGGUGCCCUCAGCCGUGGCGGCGGAGGCGGAGGCGGACCGGCUCCGGAGCGCUCUGAAACCGGCGGCGGCAGUCGCGUUACCGCCGGUCCGCAGCUGCUGCAACGGCACCGCAGCGACGGCGCCAGGUCAGGCGUG